AUGAAGAGGAGGCAGAAUAGUGCUAGCUAUUAUAGACUACCACCUGGUCCAAAUGGGUUACCAAUUCUAGGAAAUCUUCAUAUGUUAGGCAAACUUCCACAUCAAAAUCUUCAUAAAUUAUCCCUAAAGUAUGGACCUAUCAUGAGCAUAAAAUUAGGUCCAGUUCCGGGUAUCGUUGUUUCGUCUCCAGACGUGGCAGAACAAUGCCUGAAAACCCACGACAUUAGUUUUGCUAGUAGACCAAGACGACGAGUGUCAGAAAUCAUGUUCUACAAAACUAAGGGUAUUGGUUUUACUCCUUACGGUGCAUACUGGAGAUAUGUCAGGAAAGUUUGUAGCGUACAUUUACUGAAUAAUUCUAAGAUUGGAUCUUUUCAACCUAUUAGAGAAAAAGAAGUGAGUAUCGUUGUGGAGUCGAUUCGUUUGUUAUCCAUGUCAUGUGAAGUGGAAGUAGAUUUGAGUGAAAAAAUUGGAAGUUUAGUGGAAGAUAUAAGUCAUAUAAUGUUUUUUGGAUAUAAGGAUGGUGAAAGUUUCAUUCCCAUUCUGCACGAUGUUAUGAGAAUUCUUGGAGCUUUUAAUGCGGCUGAUUUUGUUCCUUGUAUUGGUACACUUGAUCUUCAGGGAUUGGAUCGUCGUGCAAAGGCAUUAAGCAGACGUGUCGACAUGUUUAUCACUAGAAGCAUCGAUAAUCAUGUGAGAGAAAGUGUUAAACAAGAAAAACAUCACAAAGACAUCAUUGACAUUCUAUUAUCCUUGAUGAGUGAUGAUAAUGAUACUGCUCAACAUGAAGAUGAAAAGCUAAGUAGUUCCUGCAUCAAGGCCAUCGUGUUAGACCUGCUAAUAGGGGGAAUAGACACAUCAACUGCAACGAUUGGUUGCGUUCACAGAACUCCUAAGAAAUCCACAUAUUAUGAAACGGGUUCAAAAAGAGUUGGAAACAGUGGUAGGGAUGGAUAG